AUUUGAACUCAUCAAGGUCGAAUAUUGGAUGUGUAUUUAUUACUGUGACUUCGGAUAACGUAGUCAAAUUCGAUCAGUCAAUUGUCCUACUUGAUUUGGAAGGUCACUGGGUGCAUUUGUCAAAGGGAUAUUAAUAUCUAGCACAAUGCCACCAAAAAAGAAAGGGAAAGCUAGCAAACUAUCGAAAAUGUCAGAUGAAGAAAGAGCUAUUUAUAUUGAACAACAAAGAGUUGUUGAAGAGGAAGCAAAAAUGAAGAAGAUGACACUGUUAACUCUAUACUUACAAGACAAGCUUGAUCAUGAAGAGAAAGCGACUAAAAUCAAUAGAGCUAAAUUGAUACACUACUGGAGAACUAUCAUGCGUGAAACGAAAUCUAAGGAAUUGAAAAGGGAUGCAGAGAUUCUAUCACAAACUUUUGAAAGCGUUGUGGACCGGAAAGAAAGUAUCAUCAAAACCCUUGUUUCAGAUAUCAACGAGGCAGAGGAGCAACAUCUUAUGGCUUUACGAUCUCAUUUACAAAAUGUUGAUACUUUGAUAGACUUACAAAAUCAACGAUUACAUAAAUUGAAAACUGAUUAUCAGACAGAAAUAAAGUAUUUAGUAGAAGAAUUUGAAAAAGAAGAGAGUUUUAUUACUCAACGACAUGAGAAACAAAUAAACGAUUUGAAGAAUAUAUUUGUUGCAUUGGAUUCCACAUAUACAGCUAAGAUAAAUGAAGCUAUCAUUGAUCAGAAUAGUUUGAAAGAUGAUAUAAAAAAUAAGAGUUUAGAGGAUAAACAUACAUUGAGGAUAAAUUUAGAAGCAAAAGUCAAUGCUUUAUGGUCUGAUUUCAAGCAAGCUUCAGCACAAUACACAACGAGCACGAACGAAAAGAAGUCAUUUUUUGAAAAUCUAAAAGUAAAAGAUGAACGUUCUGCCACUGAAAUUCAACUACAUUUUAACAAAAUACAAAAAAUCAAUGAUAAUAUAACUUUAACUAAACGUCGUAUGACAAAAGUCGCUAAAGAAUAUGAAGAGAAAAAUAGUAAAUUGAAAGAGGAACGUGACAAAUUAAUUUUGCAAUUCCAAAUGUUGAAGAUACAAAUCAAUAAAUCACGUGAAAUACAACAUGAAAAAUUGAUUAAAAUGUCACUUGAAAGUGGGCAAGCCAUACGAAAGGUUCAAUAUUUACUAGAUAAAGCUGAGAAAAUUAUCAAGUUAGGCGAACAGUGUAGGAAAUAUGAAACGGAAGAAGAAAAGGUUGUGCCGUUCUACGCAUCCUGCUUAACCGUGGAAGAAGAGAAGGCUGUUCAAGAUUUAUAUGAAAAGGAGGAAGAUGAAGAGAUUUCAAAGAUAUUAAAACGAUGUAUUCCAUUGGAAAUGUUUUGGAGAAGAUUUAAUAAAGUUCAGUUGGAUCGAUUAGCAAUAGCUAAAGAACACAAUAUGUUGGAACAAGAAAAUCUUCAAUUAAAAUUGUUAUUGAAACAAUAUUUAGAUGGUAUAUCAAUAAAUAAUGAAGUUGUAACUGGUGAUAAUCCAUUAAUUGUUAUAAAUGGACGAUCAAGCUUGAGUCAUUUAACAAUGGGAAGCGAUCCACGAAUCAAAAUGAUACCUUCUGAUGACAAUAACAGAAAUAAUGUUAAUAUUUCAAAGAAGAUUAUAAACUAUGCUAAUACGUCAACUGCAGAGGAUUAUAAAGUGAGGCAGACAACUUUGGCAGGAAUAACUUGAACUAAUUUUCUAGGAUUUCAUACCUGUAAAUUAAAUCAUAAUUCACGUUUAGACGAUUUCAUUGUGAAGUCAGUGUACUGGAAAGAUAAAAAAAUUAUCAUACGCCG